CUCCUCUCUUCCCCCCCGAAGGCGCGGGGCGGCGCCACCCUCCGGCCGGAGCCCGGCACUGCACAGCCCCCUCCGACUUUCGAUGUUCCACACUCCCCGGCCAGAGCCUCCUCGGCGGCUUUUUUUCCCUCCCCCCCCGGCCCCCCCCCCGGCCGCCUCCAUUUCCUCAAGGAAGGGCUCCGCGCUCUCUCCCUCCCCCACAGCGUAGCGGCGCGCGAGCGGGCCGGGCGGGCGGCCGAGAGAUGGAACGAGGAACCUUGGUGGCACGGGGAGCUUUGCAGAAGUUUCCCCAGGAGUAAGUUCACCAAGAUGUCCAGUGAUAGGCAGAGGUCGGACGAUGAGAGCCCCAGCACCAGCAGUGGCAGUUCAGAUGCGGACCAGCGAGACCCAGCCGCUCCCGAGCCUGAAGAACAAGAAGAAAGAAAACCUUCUGCCACCCAGCAGAAGAAGAACACCAAACUCUCCAGCAAAACCACUGCUAAGCUCUCCACUAGUGCUAAAAGAAUUCAGAAGGAGCUGGCUGAAAUAACCCUCGAUCCUCCUCCUAACUGCAGUGCUGGGCCUAAAGGAGAUAACAUUUAUGAAUGGAGGUCAACUAUACUUGGUCCACCAGGAUCUGUGUAUGAGGGUGGUGUGUUUUUUCUGGAUAUCACGUUUUCAUCCGAUUAUCCAUUUAAGCCACCAAAGGUCACUUUCCGCACCAGAAUCUAUCAUUGCAACAUCAACAGUCAGGGAGUCAUCUGUCUGGACAUCCUUAAAGACAACUGGAGUCCUGCUUUGACUAUUUCAAAGGUUUUGCUGUCAAUUUGUUCUCUUUUGACAGAUUGCAACCCUGCGGAUCCUCUGGUUGGAAGCAUAGCCACUCAGUAUUUGACCAACAGAGCAGAACAUGACAGGAUAGCCAGACAGUGGACCAAGAGAUACGCGACAUAAUUCACAUAAUUUGAAUGCAGUGUGAAGGGGCAGAAGGCAUCUUCUCACUGUGCUGCAAAUCUUUAUAGCCUUUACAAUACGGACUUCUGUGUAUAUGUUAUACUGAUUCUACUCUCUGCUUUUAUCCUUUGGAGACUGAGAAACUCCCCAAAAAGGUAAAUGCCACCAAGAGUAGAACUUUGUAGCUGUAGAUUAGUUAUGUUUCAAACGCCUACUUGCAAGUCUUGCUUCUUUGGGAUAUCAAAAUGUAUUUUGUGAUGUACUAAGGAUACUGGUCCUGAAGUCUACCAAAUAUUAUAGUGCAUUUUAGCCUAAUUCAUUAUCUGUAUGAAGUUAUAAAAGUAGCUGUAGAAGACUAGGAAUUAUGUCAUUUGUAUUAAACCCAGAUCUAUUUCUGAGUAUGUGGUUCAUGCUGUUGUGAAAAAUGUUUUACCUUUUACCUUUGUCGGUUUGUAAUGAGAGGAUUUUCCUUUUACCCUUUGUAGCUCAGAGAGCACCUGGUGUAUCAUCUCAAACACAAUAAACAUGCUCCUGAAGGCGUA